AUGAUGAUUUGGAAAUUAAAAAUACCAUUACUUAUUUUUGCUAUUUUUUUUAUUAUUAUACAAAUUAAUUAUGGAAAAAAUAAUUAUUUAAAUAAUGAAAAUGAGGAAUACAAUGAUACAUUUACUAGAAAUAUUUUAUAUCCUUUAUCAGCUGCUGCUUUUUCUUCUAAUCCUAAUAAUUGCUUAAAUAAUAUAUUUAAAAAUUAUACGUUAAUAAGACAAGUUACAAAUAAAUGUGAUGUUAUCUCUGAUGAUAGUUGUUCGGGAUUUGUAGUUGUUGAUUAUGAUAAAAAAGCUAUUUUUAUCAUUUUUCGUGGUUCAAUUAAUGAUAAACAAGUGGCACUUGAGGCUAUUGAUACAUUAUUAAAAAAAGAUAAAUUUAUUGGUGGAGGAUAUGUUUCAAGUUAUUAUAACAAUGCAUUUCAAGUCGUUUGGGAUAGUGGUAUAAAAGAUGCUUAUUUAAUGACAAAAAAUAAAUUUCCUACUUUUGAAACAUGGGUAACUGGUCAUUCAUUGGGUGCAGCAAUGGCUUCAAUAGGAGCAACAACAAUAUCAUAUUUAAAGUACACUAAUGUUAACAAUGUUAAAUUACUAACAUUUGGUGAACCAAGAACAGGAGAUAAAGAUUAUGCAAUGGCAGUUGACAAUUUGAUUUCUUAUUCUUAUAGAGUAAUUCAUAGUAAAGAUCCUGUACCACACUUACCAUAUAAAAAUUUACUUGGUUAUGUUCAUCAUAAAAGAGAAGUUUUUUAUGAUAAUAAUAUGGCUCCUGGAAGUAAUUAUUCAAUAUGUUCAGAUGAAGAUGAUAGUGAUAAAUGUAGCAACAAGAACUUUAAUUUUGAUUUUUAUGAUCAUCGUUUAUAUUUUAAUCGUGAUAUUCUUAAAUUUGUAGAAGAAAAUUGUAAAUAUUAA